AUGUCGAUAGAUCAACCACAUGUUGAGGAUCCCAAGGGCAAAAAGAGGAAGAGACAGCCUGCUAGUAGUCGCGACAAUGCAUCCGUAACAAAGUCAUUUGAAAGUCUGAAAUGGCGUGAAGUACCUUUCCCAGAGACCUUCGAGGAUGCAGAAGGCUUUUUCGGAUUGGAGGAAGUAUCUGACGUCGAUAUAACGAAGGACGAGCAAUUGGGGCAGAUCAAGUACCAAUUAGUUUCCAAAGCAACAAAACAGCCCAACAUCAAAGCAAUAUCUGACUCAAUUGAGUCUCGUGCAAGGCGACGGUCUCCGUCAGUCAAGACGAAGGAUGACGAGGAGGAAUGGUCUGGUUUUGCCGAUUCCAAAUCCACGGAAUCUGAACCAUCUAAGGUGAUUCGAAAGCGGAAGGGGGAUUUGUCUUUGCAAAGCUUAAAGGAGUCGAAGCAAAGCCGCUUCGAGCUCCUUAGCGAACUUACCGAAAAUGAUACGGAUGUGGCAGAUUGGGAACCAUUGGGCCUUUCUGAAUACACAAAGUCAUCAGUUGCACGCAUGCGGUUUUCUAAACCAACGCCGAUCCAGAAAGCUGUCAUACCGGAGAUCAUUAAGGGCUUCGACGUGAUCGGCAAAGCUCCCACGGGAUCUGGGAAAACUCUGGCCUUUGGCAUCCCAAUGUUUGAGCAUCUGAUGCGGCACAAGAUAUUUCAGAAUGACCGUCUGCAAAAAGACGACGCUCAUGAGUAUUAUUCAACGAGUCUCAUUGUUUCACCUACCCGGGAGUUGGCUCAUCAGCUCUCUGAUCACUUGAAUGAUCUUUGCUCAGACAAAGAUGUGUCGAUUGUCACCAUUACCGGCGGCUUGUCAGCCCAUAAGCAGAAAAGACUUCUAAGGCGCUCAGACAUAAUCAUUGGCACACCUGGGAGACUAUGGGAACUUAUGAGUGAAGGAAAUGAAUUACGGCAGAAGCUUUCGAAAAUUAAAUUCUUGGUCCUUGACGAAGCUGAUAGAUUACUCAGCGAAGGCAACUUCAAAGAACUCGAGGAGAUCAUCCAUGCAUUGGAUGUCAAAAUUAGUAGCAACGAAAGCCUUGAGAUCAAGAAGUCGCGGCAAACCCUUGUAUUUUCUGCAACGCUCCAGAAGGAUUUGCAACGGAAACUCACAAGCAAAAGCAAGAAUACCGGGAGCGAGCUGAUGGGAAAGCAAGAUUCAAUGGAAUACUUGCUCAAAAAGCUCAAUUUUAAGGAUGCCAAACCCAAGUUCAUCGAUGUAAGCCCCAAAUCUGCGAUGGCCGAGAAUCUCACCGAGUCAAUCCUUGAGUGUGCAGCACUGGAAAAGGAUCUCUAUCUAUACUCACUUCUCCUGCACCAUCCAAAGACUCGUACGCUCGUCUUCGUCAAUUCUAUCUCCGCUGUGCGUCGCCUAGUACCUCUUCUUCAAAACCUAAAUGUACAGGCUCAAGCACUUCAUUCACAGAUGCCACAAAAGGCUCGCUUGAGGUCGAUUGAACGUUUCUCUUCGCCCUCAUCUCCGUCUUCUAUACUCAUCGCUACAGAUGUCGCUGCACGGGGUUUGGACAUUCCUUCGGUUCAGCUAAUCGUACAUUACCACGUUCCCCGUGCAGCUGAUGCCUACGUUCACCGAUCAGGCCGAACAGCACGUGCCGAAAAAAGCGGAUCUAGUAUCUUACUUUGCGCGCCUGAAGAGGUGCAAGGCGUUCGGCGACUGAUUGCGAAGAUACAUGUCCAAAGCCAUCAAAAGAAACAUUCCAUCAAUACACAGGAACUGGACGGACGAAUACUUGAUAGACUCAAGCAUCGCGUUUCCCUCAGCAAGAAAGUGACGGAUGCGUCGUUAGCGAAAGAAAAGCACGGUCAGGAGGACAAUUGGCUGAAGAAUGCCGCUGAAGAAUUAGGCGUUGAGUAUGAUAGUGAGGAAUUUGGCGACAUGAAGGGGACGAGGAAAGGGAGAGGACAAGGGAGAAGGCAGAAAGAAAAGCAGGCAAGGGAGCUCAGUAAAGAUGAGCUUGCAAGUCUGAAGGCGCAGCUUAGGGAGGAGCUUAAACAUCGCGUGAAUGUUGGUGUCAGUGAGAGAUACCUCACUGCUGGUGGUGGGGCUAUCGAUGUGGAUAGCUUGUUGAAAGGAGAAGUAUCAAGCCCAUUUUUGGGCAAGACAGUGGACUCCUGA